CAUGGCAACUUCAAUUAUCAUCACCAGUUCUCUUCUUACUUUUUCUGCAAUUCUGGGUCUUCUUGCAACUGCUGCUGUGGCAAGACUAUUACCGCCAGAAAAUUCACCCAACAAGUUCAUGGUGAUCAUAAUGGUCAAUAAUGUUGGGAGAAGUAGCUCAAUAGAAACCAGGGAAAUAACAGGGAAUACUGACUGCGACCACAUGGCACAAUCUACAAUUGAAGGAAAGGUCACUCCUUCGCCGCCAUCUCCAAAGUCAUCACCACCAACUCAACAAGUAACGACCAAUUAUCCAUCUCCAAAGCCAGAAACACCAAUUCCUCGGCUGGAGUAUUUUUUUUCUUGUGCAGAGGGGAGUCCAUGCAAUAGUUUAAUUACUAUGCUUACUAAUUUCGGAAAGACCCCUAAAUCACCACCUUCUCCAAAUCCAGCGCCAUCAAAACAUCAAGGAACGAUCGAGCAGCCGAUACAACAAAGGUCAUCACCUCCAGAUUUUCAGUUUCAAAUCCAUGUCUACUCAUUUUGGGAAGACCCAAAAUCACCACCAUCUCCAAUCCAGCACCAUCAAAACAUCAAGGAAUAA